AUGUCCCACAAUCAAUCAAGGGGGGAGAGGAGCGAGUCCACGCAGUACAGAAGAACCGGCCGAUCAGUGAGCUCCAAUCAGCAGCGACAGUUCUCAGGCAUCGCCGCCACUAAGGGCGGUGGUGGCUCCUCCGCCCCUACAAACCCUCCGAACCGCAGUUUUAAGAAGUAUAAUAGCAAUGCUCCAGUAGGGCAGCUGAAUGAGAGGAGCCCUAAUCUGGACAAUAGCAAUUUGCCUGCAGCUCGUUCUGUAGAGAAUGGUGCUUACCAACAGCAGCCAACUCAGAGAGUGUCGGAUGCACCAGUCAUCAGUAACACUCCCAAUGUCGAGCCAUUGGAUGCCCCAACUCAAAAUUUCGCUCGAGCUGUUCCUAGAGCUCCAUCAUCUAAUGUUUCCUCUGCAGCUAUACCAUCUAAUGUUUCUGGUGCUAGCUCUGAGUCCGGUGCUCCAAAAACACCAGAGAAAGGAGACUCAUCUAAGUCAUUUCCGCUGCAGUUUGGGUCCAUUAGUCCUGGAUUUAUGAAUGGAAUGCAGAUACCUGCUCGAACAAGCUCCGCACCACCAAAUUUGGAUGAGCAGAGAAAAGCCAAGGCCCGUCAUGAGUCUUUACGAACUGCUCCUGCAGCUCAAGUUCCAUCUGACCCUAAUCAGCACUUGGCGAAAAAGAUUGGUCCACCUAGUACCGGUGAAACUCAGCAAGCUCCCAAACACAAGAGGGAUCCCCAAGUUGUAGCUGGAAAACCUGUCGCUCAAGCUCAGAAGCCUUCCAUGCAUCCUAAUAUGACUGGCAUACCCAUGCAACUGCCUUUUCACCAGCCACAGGUUCCUGUGCAAUUAGGUGGCCCAAACCCACAACUUCAGUCCCAAACCAUGCCGGGGACCUCAUUGCCAAUGCCGAUGCCCUUACCACAUGGCAAUCAACCAUUGCAGCAUUCAAUGUUUGUUCCAGGUCUCCAGCCACACCCUAUGCAGUCCCAAGGAAUGAUGCAUCAGGGUCAGAGCUUCAACUUUUCAUCACAAAUGGGUCCUCAACUACCUCCUCAGAUGGGCAGUAUUGGAAUGAAUAUGCCCCCACAGUUUUCUCCGCAACCUCCUGUAAAAUACAGUGGUUUGCGGAAAACAGUAAAAAUUACUCACCCCGAUACUCAUGAGGAGUUAAAGCUCGACAGUUCACCCAACCCAAGGUUACAUCACAAUGUGCAGUCCCAGACACAGCCUAUUUCCUCAUUUCCUUCUAAUAUGCCUAUGAACUUCUAUCCAAAUUCUUAUAAUGCCUCGUCCAUCUUUUUUCCGCCCACGGCCUCUGUUCCCCUCAGUAACACUCAAGUUCCGUCCACUUCGCAGCCGCCAAGGCUCUAUAACCAGGUAACAGUGAAACCACCCAUUAGCUCCUAUGGGGACAAGGAGCCGCUGCCACCCACAAGUUCAGUUGUUGGAAAGUCAGAAUCUUCAAAAUCUUCAAGGUUACAGGGUGAAGAUCUUCCUAAGGAAGCUAACACUUUGUCAUCGAGCUCUUUGCAACAGGCAAAGCCUAGUUUCAGAGCAUCUCCUGCUUCGGCUGCCUCUGCAGGUCCUGCCAUUACGGAGAGAAAUGGAGCCCACGUUUCAGCCUCUGCACCCAUGGAAGGGUCCACAUCAGCUUCAACAAGCUCCUCUAUGGAUGUUCGAGUCGGAUUGGUUGUGCCUGAUCCUGUCGAAGAUAUGCAUAAAAGAAUAAGCAGUACAGGCCAGCCGGACCAGGUGGGUGGCCUGUCGACCUCUGUGUCAAGUGUGCCUUCUCAACUCCCCAAGGCUGAGGAAAAAUCUAUUUCCUCAGGAUCUAUUGUGGUAUCUGAAGGUAAAGAAUCAAAGCCUCAGACAGUUGGUGAGGAUGAACAAAGAAAUGCCACAUCUGAAGGUUGGAAACAUUGUGACCAUAGCCUGGAAACAUCUUUGAGGUCUAUUUCUUUAGAAAGUCCCAAAAUCACAGGUACAGUGGAGGAGCCCUCUGAUCAAGAGGUUACAACCUCCAGUUCUGAUACUUUGGAAAAAUCACAAGAAGAACAAGAAGGAGAUGAUGUUAAGGUGAAGGUUAACCUGGCUGCACCUACUCACUCAUCAGUUGGUCUGAAUACUGAGAGUGCUGUUUCAGCUAUUCAUUUACCCGUGCGGGAUGAUAUAGAUUAUUCAAAUAAGUCAUUUAGUGUACCUCAAAAGAUUAAUGACCCAGGAGAAAUAUCCGUUGAAAAGUAUUCUGAACAGGAGCCUGCACCGGUUUCAGUUCCAUCUUUUCCCGAGGAUGCUUUGAAAUCUGAAAAUGAAGAAAUUGUCAGUACCAGUGGUCAAUUGGUCUCCCCUUCUCCAUCCAUUUGCAAGGAUAAAGUUGGAACUGAUGCCGAUGUAGCAAAAAGUGCUGUGCCCAGAGGUAAGAAGAAAAAGAAAGAUUUAUAUAAAAAGGCAGAGGCUGCUGGUCCAAGUUCUGAUCUUUAUAUGGCAUACAAGGGUCCCAAGGAAAAGAAAGAAAGUGUAAAUCAGGCAGAGGGCUCAGAAAACUCUUUAAGUGUUGGUGAGAAGCAGAAAUGUACCGAUGUCCCAGAGAACACUGUGCCACUUCAUCAACCUUCUCAGAGUAAAGUUGAGCCAGAUGAUUGGGAAGAUGCUGCUGAAAUCUCUACUCAGUUGGAGACUUCCGAGAAUGAAAAUCAGCAUGAUGUUAGUGACAAUGAAUUAUCAACUAAAAAGUACUCACGGGAUUUCCUACUCAAAUUUGUGGAGCUGUGCACUGAUCUUCCGGAUGGUUUUGUAAUUACGGCCGACAUUGCAGAUUCACUAGUGGUUUCCAGUCUUAAAGCAUUGCGCGAAACACACCCUAGCCCAGUACGUGAUACUGAAAGGCACGGUGGAGGAUCUAGAGUAGAUCGUCGUGCAAGUGGCUUGGGAGAUGAGGAUAAAUGGAGUAAAUAUCCUGGUCCUUUAAUGCCUGGGGUGCAGGGAGAUAUGUGGAUGAACCCUGGGUAUGUAAAUAAUGUUGUUGGCUUUCGACCUGGGCAAGGAGGUAAUUAUGGUGCUCUUCGUAAUCCCCGUGCUCAGGCAGCUGUCCAGUAUGCUGGCGGCAUACUAGCUGGGCCGAUGCAGUUCUUUGGUCCUCAGAGUGGAUUGCAAAGAAAUAAUUCCGAUUCUGAUAGGUGGCAGCGUGCAACUGGAUUUCAGAAGGGAUUGAUGCCGUCUCCUCAUACACCAAUGCAGGUGAUGCACAAAGCUGAAAAGAAGUAUGAGGUGGGUAAGGCUACUGACGAAGAAGAAUUGAAACAGAGGCAGCUCAAGGGCAUCUUGAACAAACUUACCCCUCAGAAUUUCGAAAAACUGUUCCAACAGGUGAAAGAAGUGAAUAUCGACAACGUUAUUACCCUGUCUGGGGUUAUUUCACAGAUUUUUGAUAAAGCCCUGAUGGAGCCCACUUUCUGCGAAAUGUAUGCCAACUUCUGCUUUCACCUGGCUCAAGAUUUACCGGACCUGACUGUGGAGGGUGAAAAAAUUACUUUCAAAAGGUUAUUGUUGAAUAAAUGUCAGGAGGAGUUUGAAAGGGGAGAAAGAGAGGAACAAGAGGCAAAUAAGGUUGAGGAAGAAGGUGAAGUCAAACAGACAGCAGAGGAAAGAGAGGAUAAGAGACUCAAAGCACGAAGACGCAUGUUAGGCAAUAUUAGGCUCAUCGGAGAGCUGUACAAGAAGAGAAUGUUGACCGAGAGAAUAAUGCAUGAGUGCAUCAAUAAGCUGUUGGGCGAGUACCAUAAUCCUGAUGAGGAGAACAUUGAAGCUCUGUGUAAAUUGAUGAGCACAAUAGGGGAGAUGAUUGAUCAUGCAAAAGCGAAGGGACAUAUAGAUGCAUUAUUCAACAUCAUGGCACAGUUAUCCAAUAACAUGAAGCUCUCUUCCCGAGUGAGAUUCAUGCUGAAGGAUGCUAUUGACCUGAGGAAGAACAAGUGGCAGCAGAGGAGGAAAGUGGAAGGCCCAAAAAAGAUCGAGGAGGUGCACAGGGAUGCUGCUCAAGAGCGUCAUGCUCAGACUAGUAGGCUUUCCCGUGCUCCCAGUAUUGGUAAUCCUGCUAGGCGGGGCCCGCCGCCUAUGGAAUUUUCUUCUAGAUCUCCUAGUAUGUUAUCUUCGCCUGGUCCUCAGUUGAGUGGUUUACGUGGUGUACCCCCACAUCUACGUGGAGGUUAUGGGACUCAGGAUGCCAGGGUGAAUGAAAGACAUGCAUCUGAGAAUGCUAGGACCAUGCCCAUUCCUCUGCCCCAAAGAUCCCUUGGUGAUGAUGUUAUUACUCUUGGGCCUCAAGGUGGUCUUGCUAGGGGAAUGGCUUUCAGAGGACAGCCUAAUAUUUCUUUGGCUGAGAUGCCAAAUGCAGGGGAUGCUCGGAGGUUUGGGUCUGGUCAAAAUGGCUUCAGUUCCAUUCCACAAAGGUCAACUUAUGGCCAAAGGGAGGAUGUUGUACCUAAAUAUAUGCCCGACAAUUUUUCUGCUCAAAGUUACGACCAGUCUCAUCCUCAGGAGCGGGAUAUUGCAUUUGGAAAUCGUGAGGUUGGGAAUCCUUAUCGUACCCUUGAUAGAUCUCUUCCUACUUCUCCACGUGCCCGAGGUGGGCAAUUGGUCAGUACUCAAAACUUGUCUUCUGACAAGGUGUGGCCAGAAGAGUAUUUGCGAGAUAAGUCCAUGGCUACUAUUAAAGAAUUCUACAGUGCAAGAGAUGAGAAGGAGGUGGCUUUGUGCAUAAAGGAUUUGAAUACUCCUAGCUUUCAUCCAUCGAUGAUCUCCAUCUGGGUUGCUGAUUCUUUCGAGAGGAAAGACAUGGAGAGAGAUUUGUUGACAAAGCUUCUUAUCAACCUUACGAAACCUCAAGAUGGGAUGAUAAGUGAAGAUCAACUCGUUCAAGGGUUUGUAUCUGUUCUUGAAUUGUUGGAGGAUGCCGUUAAUGACGCCCCUAAAGCAGCGGAGUUCCUCGGCCGCAUUUUUGCCGGAAUUAUAUUGGAAAAUGUAAUUCCACUUUCUACAAUCGAGAAAUUGAUAUACGAAGGUGGAGAAGAACCAGGUCGGCUCGUGGAAAUCGGGCUUGCGGCUGAAGUCCUUGGCAGUAUUUUGGAUAUUAUCAAAUCAGAGAAAGGAGAUUCCGAACUAAACAAGAUUCGCUCGAGCUCUAAGCUGCAGCUGGAAAAGUUCAGGCCUCCAGGCUCCAACAAAGCCUUGAGAAUAGACAAGUUUAUGUUAGGGAUUUAG